CAAUUUCACCGAGCAACAAGAAUUAAUUCACCGAUUUAUGUAGAUCGAACCAUUCGGUUCCGAGCAUCUGAUAACGUCGGCAAGUUGUGUUUUCUAUAAAAGAACAUUACUCGGACCGUUCACUUACACCCAUUGUCAAUCACUCAAGAUGUCACAACGUCCGGCUUUUACGAAAUGGCUGUGGUGUCUGUUUGCCGUUUACGCAGGACCAGGCUGGGGCAGAGCCGUGUCCUUUCGGAACCCACCCAAGAACCCUACAACAAUCGAGGCUCAGGCGAAAUUCUUCCAGUAUAGGCAUCUGCCCACGCAUGAGGACUACGAGCAGGGACAUAGGGCGGGCAGCGAGCGACAUUUCACCGAGAGACACGAGCGCGCCAAGCCUUCUGAUGGACUGUUUUCUGCUAAAGUACGUUGGGGUGACAAACAUGGGGGAUACGGAGAGCAUUACUGGGACUUGAACCAUGCUGGUCACGCUGCUAACCAUGGCAAUGACGGAUAUGAUGGUUCAGAUGAUGAUGGGUCAUAUAAUCACGAAUUAGACCAUGCUCAUGAUGACCAUGACACAUAUGAUGAACCUACUGAACAACAACCCACGUAUGGCACAGAAGAAUAUGACCCUGAGCAGGCAGCGAAAUAUGAUGAAAGCGGCAGAGCUAAACGAGCUCAACCUAGAAUCAAAACUGAAAGAAAAUUUGUACGGCAUGAAGAGAGUGACGAAGAGUUACCAAAAGAGAAGUAUCAGCGAAAACCCAAACAACGGCAAGGUCCUCAAGAAGAUAAAGUAAAAGAAGCUGAACAAAAUCAACAACCUAAACGUAAAAGAAGGCAAAGAAGACCAGAAAACCUAGAAGAUAAUGCCGCAAAACAGGCUGCUCUUAAUCAAAAGGAAGAAGAGAAGCAAGAAUCGCAAUAUUACGUCAAAGAUAAUGAGGAACAAGGUCAAUCAGAGAAAGAACCACAGUAUUACGUAAAGAAUAAAAGCGAAGAAGAAAAUGAACAACAACCACAGUAUUACGUGAAGAAUAAAAACGAAGAGGAAAAUCAACAACCACCGCAUUACGUGAAGAAUAAAAACGAAGAAGAAUAUCAACAACAACCACAGUAUCACGUGAAGAAUAACGAAGAACAUAAUCAACAGCAACAACAGUAUUACGUGAAGAAUAAACACGAAGAAGAAAAUCGACAACAACCACAGUAUUACGUGAAGAAUAAACACGAAGAAGAAAAUCGACAACAACCACGGUAUUACGUAAAGAAUAACGAAGAAUAUACUCAACAACAGCCACAGUAUUACGCGAAGAAUACAAAUGAGGAACGAAAAGAACAGCAACCACAGAAUUAUGCGAAAAGGACAGAAAACCAAUUUGUUCCGUACGAACAAGGUGCAGGAGUGAGACAGCAUCAGCAUCCUGAGCUGACACCAGCCGCUUCAGCCCCAAGACUCUUCUUAGAGCCCACCACUGGACAUGUUGUGGACAGAGCCACAGGACAAGCCUAUGUUUUACAGCCGAUAGCUGCCAAUAAUUAUAAUUAGAUUAUUUAGUGUUAGUGUUACAAAUAGGUAAUUUAUUUUGUUAAUAAAAGGACUGUUGAAAUAAA